AGACAAUCGUCAAGUCGCAACCCGCCAGCCUGAGCGUGACCUGCAGCAGCUAGAGUGCGGUGUGCAGCAUCCAGGAGGCGGGGGACAGUGAAUAGCGAUGACUGACUACGCUCAGGAGCAAGCGGAUGAGCUGGAGGCGCUCAGCAGCAUCUUCAUGGACGACUUGCAAGAGGUGACAGACAGCAUCCCGUCAGGCUGGAGCCUGGUAGGGUCGGCGUGGCGGGUGGUUGUCGGGCCGCAGGAGGAGGAAGGGGAAGAAAUGGAGUACCCAUUGAAAGUGGAGAUAGUGUUUGCGCACACGCCUACAUACCCAGACGAGCCGCCGCUGCUCAAAGCACGAGGGCUGCAGGGCAUCAGCGACGCGGACGUCAGCAUGCUGCAGGGGGUGCUGGAGGAGGCGGUGCAGGACAAUCUGGGCAUGGCCAUGAUCUACACACUGGUCACCACGGCGCAGGAGUGGGUGCAGGAGAAGGCGUCCAGCGUGGCGGUGCCCUCGCACGACCCAGAGGCGGAGGAGAAGCGGCGGCGGGAGGCGGAGGAGGCGCGGCUGGCGGAGCUGCGUGCGCACGGGCACCCCGUCACGCCCGAGGCCUUUGCCGAGUGGAGGGCCAAGUUUGAUGCGGAGCAGGCGCUGGAGCGGUCCAAGCUGGUUGAGGGCAAGGCGGAGGACAAGCAGAACCGGCCCACCGGCAAGCAGUGGUUCCGGCAGCAGGAGGAGCAGCACCUGGAGGUUGAGGAGCCGGAGCUGGAGCCGGAUGAGGAGGAUGGGGAGGAUGCGCGGGAGCACUGGGGCUCCUCAGGGGAGGAGGAGGAUGAUCUGGACUAUGGAGAUGAGAGCGAUGAGGAUGAAGAGGAGCUGCUGGAUGAGCUGCUGGCCAGCAAAGGCAGCUGA